AUGGACCUGUAUUUGUUAGCCGAGCUCAAGACCAUCAGUUUAAAAGUGACGACAGUUGACAUGCAAAAACCGCCGCCAGAUUUCCGCACCAACUUCGAGGCGACGCAUCCGCCGAUCCUCAUCGACAACGGCCUCGCCAUCCUCGAGAACGAGAAGAUCGAACGGCACAUCAUGAAGUCAGUGCCCGGCGGACACAAUCUAUUCGUGCAGGACAAGGAAGUUGCCUCGCUAAUCGAGAACCUGUACUCGAAACUGAAGCUGGUACUUGUGCGUAAGGACGAGCAGAAGUCGGCCGCAUUGCGCGCGCACCUUGGACGUAUCGACGCGUUGCUCGAGCGCCGGGGGACGAGAUUUCUGACAGGCGACACUAUGUGCUGUUUCGACUGUGAACUGAUGCCGCGUCUUCAGCAUAUUCGCGUCGCCGGCAAAUACUUUGUGGACUUCGAGAUACCGACGAGUUUCCGCGCGCUCUGGCGCUACAUGUACCACAUGUACCAGCUGGACGCGUUCACGCAGAGCUGUCCCGCAGAUCAAGACAUCAUCAACCACUACAAACUGCAGCAGUUAUCGACAAAAGGUAUGGUCUUGUCGCCGAAGCUGGCGCGGCAAAGGAUCGAAGACGAUGCGGCCUCGGCGCUUAAAAUGAAGAAACACGAAGAACUCGAGACGCCGACCUUUACCACGUCUAUCCCCAUCGACGUUAAUGAUUUGAGCUCCACCGAAUAA